AAGCGGCACGGCCGGGGGGCAGCGGUUGGAGCCGAGGGGCUGCCCUCGUGUGUGUGACCCCACGCGUGCCCGGUGCCUUCUCAGGGCGCUUUGGGGUCGGAAAGGAGCUGUGAGAUCGUCUGGUCCAACCGGGGACAGCAACCAGGGCACCGUGGCUUGCACCCCGGCCUGCACCCUGGGCAGCACCGUGUGGCAUGCUGGAGGCAGAUGGAGCUAAGAGGACAUGAACUUGAUUGACAUCCUUUGGAGGCAAGAUAUAGACCUUGGGGCAAGGCGUGAAGUUUUUGAUUUUAGUCAACGACAGAAGGAGUAUGAACUCGAGAAACAGAAGAAACUUGAAAAGGAAAGAGAAGAGCAGCUCCAGAAGGAGCAAGAGAAAGCCUUGCUGGCUCAGCUGGAGUUAGACGAGGAGACAGGUGAAUUUGUUCCAGUUCAGCCAGCUCAGCGCAUUCAGCCAGAAAACACUGAGCCACCAAUCACUUUUUCACAGAGCACGCAUACUUCAAAACCAGAAGCAGAGGCCUUGUCCUUUGAUGACUGCAUGCAGCUCUUGGCAGAAGCAUUCCCAUUUAUAGAUGACAAUGAGGCUUCUUCAGCUGCGUUUCAGUCAAUGGUUCCUGCUCAGAUUGAUACUGACCCAGAGUUUAUUUCCUCUAAUCAAACUCAGUCACCUGAAUCACCUGGUAUAGUUCCACUUACUGAUGCGGAGAAUAUGCAAAACAUAGAGCAAGUCUGGGAAGAAUUAUUGUCCCUUCCAGAGUUACAGUGUCUUAACAUUGAAAAUGAUAACCUGGCUGAGGUAAGCACAAUCACAAGCCCUGAAACCAAGCCAACAGAGAUGCACAACGGCUAUAAUUACUACAACUCAUUACCCAUCAUGAGAAAAGAUGUUAACUGUGGUCCAGAUUUCCUGGAGACUGUUGAGAGCCCUUUUUCCAGCAUUUUGCAACCAGAAGACAGCAGCCAGCUGACGGUGAACUCUUUAAAUAACACAUCCACCUCAAGCCCUGAUUUUUGUGAGGAUUUCUAUAGCACCUUUAUUUAUUCAAAGGGAGACAGUGACAUAGCAACAACAAACACUAUCAGUCAAUCGCUUGCAGAAAUUUUAAGUGAACCUAUUGAUCUUUCUGAUUUCUCACUGUGGAGAGCUUUUAAUGAUGAACACUCAGGAACUGUACCAGAAUGCAACGAUUCUGACUCUGGUAUUUCACUGAAUGCAAAUUCUAGUGUAGCAUCACCUGAACACUCUGUUGAAUCAUCCGCCUGUGGAGAUAAGACUUUCAGUUGUAGUGAUUCUGAAAUGGAAGAUGUGGAUAGUUCUCCUGGAAGUGUGCCACAGAACAAUGCUAGUGUGUACCCGCUGCAAUUCCACGAUCAAAUAUUUUCUUCCGUGGAGCCAAGCACUCAACCACCUAGCUUGCAAUGUACAAACACACCAAAGAAAGACCCUCCUGCUGGUCCAGGCCACCCUAAAGCUCCGUUCACAAAAGAUAAGCCUUCAGGCCGCCUUGAAGCUCAUCUCACAAGAGAUGAGCAAAGAGCAAAAGCUCUGCAGAUCCCUUUUCCUGUAGAAAAAAUCAUCAAUCUCCCUGUUGAUGACUUCAAUGAAAUGAUGUCUAAGGAGCAGUUCAGUGAAGCCCAGCUUGCUCUUAUUCGGGAUAUACGCAGGAGAGGCAAGAAUAAGGUGGCUGCUCAAAAUUGCCGUAAAAGAAAACUGGAAAAUAUAGUGGAACUGGAGCAAGAUUUGAGUAACCUAAAAGAUGAGAGAGAGAAACUGCUUAAAGAAAAAGGAGAGAAUGACAAAAGCCUUCGUCAAAUGAAAAAGCAGCUAACCACCUUAUACCUUGAGGUUUUCAGCAUGCUACGUGAUGAAGAUGGAAAAUCUUACUCUCCUAGUGAAUAUUCACUGCAGCAAACUAGAGAUGGCAAUGUCUUUCUUGUUCCUAAAAGCAAGAAGUCAGAGACUAAACUUUGAAGGGCAGCACAGCUGGCUAGUGUUCUCUGAGUUACUAUUUUUGUAUCAUUAUCCUGAUAGCUUUUCCUGUGAGGUGGAAUGCAGAAUUAGGUAAUAUUUUUCAAGUAAUUUCUAUGCAAUGAUGAUUCUAAAAUUAAUAAUUAAGUUUAAGGAAGAUGCAAGUUUAAUAGUGUAAUGCAGAUGUAUGUAUGCAAAAUUUGUAAUCUCACUUUUUUAACAGGCAUUUCCUCCUUUUAGCACCACUUUGAGUAGUUUCCAUAUAUGUGUAAAUAUUUAAAGAUACCAUAUUUAUAUACUGUUUCUAUCUCUUGUUAUAGAUUUGAUAUAUAUAUAUAUAUAUAUAUAUAUAAUGAUUUUAGCCUCUAAAUAUAAUUCCUUGCAAGACGAACAGUAUGGCUUCUGACACUUUUUUUAAAAAAAAUAAAUAUGCAAUAGUGUUUCCCCUUUUUCUUAUGCAUUUAUAUUUGCUUUAUAUUUAAUAUGAUUUUAAUUUAGUAUAAAAGUUGAUACUUAGUGUUUGAUUUUGGUUUGUCUUACCAGUUCAUUAAACUUUUUUCCACUC